GUGAAUGUGUGUCAGAGUCAGCGUGACGCAGCAGAAUUUGUGGUCUAUUGUUCUGCACAGCAGCGCACGUUGACAGUCUUUAUUUCCAAUUAGACGCGUUAUUAGCAAUCAUGGCGCAGAGUAUGAUGCUGUACUGGGGCUCUGGUUCUCCGCCGUGCUGGAGAGUCAUGAUCGCGCUGGAGGAGAAGAUGCUGCAGGGAUACAAUCACAAACUUCUGUCGUUUGAAAAGAAAGAGCACAAGUCUGAAGAAGUGAAAGCUCUCAAUCCCAGAGCUGAGCUUCCAACGUUCAAGCACGGAGACAUCGUCGUGAACGAGUCGUUUGCCGCGUGUCUGUAUCUGGAGAGCGCGUUUAAGUCUCAAGGCACCCGUCUGAUCCCAGACGACCCGGCUGAACAAGCGCUCGUCUACCAGCGAGUGUUUGAGACCAACAACCUGCAGCAGAAAAUGUAUGACGUGGCUUUCUAUGAUCAUGUUCCUGAAGGAGAGAGACAUGAAUCAGCUCUGAAGAGGAAUAAAGAGAGUUUAAUCGCCGAGCUCAAACUGUGGGAUGGAUACUUGGAGAAGAUGGGUAAAGGCUCGUACCUCGCUGGUAAGAACUUCACCAUGGCCGAUGUGGUGUGUUUCCCCGUCAUCGCGUAUUUCCCACGACUUCACUGUCCUCGAGAGCGUUGUCCCAGACUGAUGGAGUACUACGAGAUGCUGAAGGACCGUCCCAGUAUUAAAGCCAGCUGGCCUCCUCACUGGCUGGAGAAACCUGAGGGUCCAGACACGCUCAAGAACCUGUGAAGAACAUCAUGACCUCACCAGAAACAUAUAACAAUCAGUUAGAUUUACGCUUAGCUUACUGUAUUAAAUCACAACCCUGUGUUCAGUCUCAUUUACAGUUAUCAAUCAUAUAUCUUUAACCCUGCUUGCAGCUUGAUUCAUUUGUAAUGAUUAAUGUAAAUUUUUUUGUAUUGCUUUUUGGUGCUAAUAAAGUUUUGUCCUGUUCAGACCAAAUAAACAAACAUAUUUACCAGCAGUUUUA